CAGUCUUGGCUGGAAGGAGCAAGUGGCGGAGGCUCAGAGGUGGCGAGGCGGCCGUGAGAGGAGGAGUGCACGCGUGUUCGACUCCUCGCCAAGAAUCGGUGGUUUACGCGAGAUUACCACCAGGAAAAGUUCGUUGAGUGGCGGAGUGGCUCAAGGGGACCCGUUCGAACCCCCGCUGUCCCGUGGCGAGUGAAGUGAAGCCUCGAGAAGGGAGUUGGUGCAGGGCGGAGGGCGUGUGCACCUAUACCUGUGCGUGUGUGUACGUGUGUGUGUGCGUCGGUGGGUAUUGCUGCUGGAGGGAAUACUCGCAGGGUGUUGCGGCGCCCCGGGUGUGUUGCGAGGGGGAGCUGCGUGCCCUGCCCCCCGCCCCCCUCUCUGGUCCGCCCUGUGACGCCCUUCUCUGUUGCUGUUUUUUGUGAAGUGUUGCGAAGUGUUUGUGUUGACCCCCGAGGAUUACCAACACCGCGGCCACGGCUCCAGGUGGCAUCAUGGGUCCCGCCGCGACGAGAUGAGUGCGAGGCCGGCCCGGCCCGCCCACACGGCCGCGGCGGCCUCGAGGCUCCCCCUGCAGGAGCCAUGAGUCCCGCCCCGCCGCAGGGUCCCGCUGAGGCCGCCGUCCAGUCUUCACGACACUCCAAGAUGCAAGAUGCGUCGGGCGGCCGCCUGAGAUAGCCUCAUGGCGACGACAAACUCUGAUGUGUAUCAUAAGAGAACUUACAGUGCCAUAUAUAAAGUUUAUAGAGCUGUAUAGAGAUAUAUAUUGAUAUAGAGAUACAUGAAUGUGUGCUCGUGACCGAGGCGGCAUGGCGCACGUGAAGGAGGCAGCCUUCCUCCUGCUGACGCUGGGGGCCGCCCUCGCCGCGGCCUGGGCCGACAAGCCCACCGACUUCCACAAGGGCAAGAUAUGCAUUGGCACGACGGGGCGGAUGUCCGUGCCCUCCAACCGCGACCACCACUACCGGAACCUUCGCAACCGCUUCAUCAACUGCACCUACGUCGACGGCAACCUGGAGCUGACGUGGCUGCAGGACGAGAACCUGGACCUCUCCUUCCUGCAGUACAUCCGUGAGGUGACUGGCUACGUGCUCAUCUCCCAUGUGGACGUGAAGCGCAUCGUCCUGCCGUCGCUGCAGAUCAUCCGCGGGAGGACGCUCUUCAAGGUCUCCGUCAACGACAAGAGCUACUCCCUGCUGGUGACGCUCUCCAAGAUGCACUCCCUCGAGAUGCCGGCGCUGAGGGACAUCCUCCACGGCAGCGUCGGCGUCAUCAACAACUACAACCUGUGCCACAUUGAGACUAUCGAGUGGAACGAGAUCAUGACGGAUCCGCAGGCCACCUACACCUACCUCUACAACUUCUCGGAGCCCCAGCGGACCUGCCAGUGCCACAACGCGUGCCACAAGGGCUGCUGGGGGGAGGGCGAGCGCAACUGCCAGAAGUUCAGCAAGCUCACGUGCCCACCGCAGUGUGCCCAGGGCCGCUGCUACGACACGGGGCCGCGGGACUGCUGCCACCUCUUCUGCGCGGGCGGCUGCACGGGACCCACGCAACGAGACUGCCUGGCCUGCAGGAACUUUUACGACGACGGGGAGUGCAAGCUGGAGUGUCCCUUGAUGCAGCGCUACAACCAGAUCACCUACUCCUGGGAGGCCAACCCCAACGGGAAGUACGCCUAUGGGGCCACAUGUGUCAAGGACUGCCCCGAGCACCUCCUGAAGGACAGCGGGGCGUGUGUCAGGUCCUGCCCCAAAGGGAAGAAGGCAGUGGAAGGCGAGUGUGUGCCUUGCAGUGGGCCAUGCCCCAAGACCUGCCCGGGGCCCAAACUCAUCCAUUCCGGCAACAUCGAUGACUUCAAGGGCUGCACCAUCCUGGAUGGCUGGCUCACCAUCAUGGACCACUCCUUCGAUGGCUACCAGCAUGUCUACCCCAACUACACCUUUGGGGCCAAGUAUUCCCGCAUGCACCCGUCCAAGCUGGAGGUGUUCAGUACCCUGAAGGAGGUGACGGGCUACAUCAACAUCCAGGCCAACCAUCCGGAGUUCACCAACCUCAACUUCCUCAGAAACCUGGAGUCCAUCGGCGGGCGCGUUACCACGGAGUUUUCAUCUCUGUACGUCAUCAAGACCUCACUGAAGAGCCUCAACCUUCGCUCCCUCAGGAGGAUCCGCUCAGGAAAAGUCUACAUCCUGGAAAACAAAGAACUUUGCUUUGUGGACAAAAUUAAUUGGAAGAAGUUCAUUGUCAAUGGUGACACCUCCAAGGCCAACCCAAUGACUCUCCUGGAGAACAAUGCAGACCCAGACCAGUGUGUGGCGGAGGGUCUAGUCUGCCACAGUGAGUGCAGUGACGAGGGCUGUUGGGGCCCCGGGGACAACGAGUGUUUGUCCUGCAGGAACUUCAAGCUGGGGCACCGCUGCACCAACAACUGCAACAGCCCAGGGAUAUACAAAAUGGGGCCAAAGACCUGUGCAUUCUGCCACAAUGAGUGCGCUUCCUCCUGCAGAGGUCCAGAGUCACGCCACUGUGAUGCCUGUAAGAAUGUGAAGGACGGCCCAUACUGCCUUGACAAGUGUCCAGACAUGAAAUAUGCUGAGAAUGGGGAGUGUAUGUUGUGCCAUGAAAACUGUGUCAAGGGCUGCAAGGGUCCGGAAAAUACCAUUAGUCCGCGGGGCUGCGAGUCUUGUGCAAUGGCAGUGAUCAAUGAAGAUCUGAAAGUGGAGUACUGCCUCCCAGAAAACUCCACCUGUCCUGUCGGCUACUUCUCCGAGUGGGUGGUGCAGCAGGAGACAGGCGACCUCAGGCUACUCGCAGGCAAGACCAUCUGCCGCCGCUGCCACCCACGCUGCAAGAACUGCACCUCCUAUGGCUUCCACAUCAGUGUUUGUCAUGAGUGUGUGAGUUACCGCCGAGGAGAGCACUGCGAGGAUGAGUGUCCACAGGACCACUACGCUGACAACAAGCUCCAUGAGUGCUUCAAGUGUUCCUCUGAAUGCUCCAACGGCUGCUCUGGGCCACUCGAGUCUCAGUGCAAGACUUGUCGCAACUACCGAAUCUACGUGGAGGGGAAGCCCGGCAUGAACAACACCAAGUUCAACUGCACCGCCACCUGCCCCGACGACCUGCCCUACAAGAUCUUCCCCAAGGACGCAUCAGACCCGUACUGCGGCAAGGACUCCUUCCCUCUGUCCUUCAGAGACGAGGAGAGCAUCCCGGCCAUCCUAGGAGGUACCCUGGGCUGCGUCUUCCUGCUGUGCACAUUCUUGGCCGUGUUCUGUUACCUGUGGUGGCAGCGCAACAAGACCAAGGAGGCCGCCCUCAAAAUGACCAUGACCAUGAUGCCCUACGACGACCACGAGCCGCUCAAGCCCACCAAUAUCAAGCCCAACCUGGCCAAGCUGCGCAUUGUCAAGGAAGCGGAGCUGCGCAAGGGCGGCAUCCUGGGCUACGGAGCCUUCGGGACGGUGUACAAAGGGGUGUGGGUGCCCGAAGGGGAGAACGUCAAGAUCCCCGUCGCCAUCAAAGUUCUGCGAGAAGGCACUGGAACCAACGUCAACAAGGAGAUCCUGGAGGAGGCGUACAUCAUGGCCUCUGUGGACCACCCGAACCUCCUGCAGCUGCUGGCGGUGUGCAUGACCACGCAGAUCAUGCUGGUGACGCAGCUCAUGCCCCUCGGCUGCCUCCUCGACUACGUACGCAACAAUAAGGACAAGAUCGGGUCCAAGCCUCUCCUGAACUGGUGCACUCAGAUCGCCCGAGGCAUGGCCUAUCUGGAGGGCCGGCGGCUGGUGCACCGAGACCUGGCCGCCCGCAACGUCCUGGUCCAGACCCCCAACUGCGUCAAGAUCACAGACUUCGGGCUGGCCAAGCUGCUGGACUACAACGAGGAGGAGUACAAGGCCGCCGGCGGGAAGAUGCCCAUCAAGUGGCUGGCCCUCGAGUGUAUCCAGCACCGCAUCUUCACCCACAAGUCUGACGUUUGGGCCUUCGGUGUGACUGUGUGGGAGCUGCUGGCAUACGGCGGCCGCCCAUAUGAGGACAUCCCGGCGAGGGAGGUGCCAGAUCUGCUGGAGAAGGGCGAGCGCCUCCCUCAGCCGUCCAUCUGCACCAUUGACGUCUACAUGCUGAUGAUUCGCUGUUGGAUGCUGGAUGCGGAGAGCCGGCCGAGCUUCAGAGAGUUGGCCGAGGAGUUCGCAAAGAUGGCCCGUGACCCCGGCCGCUUCCUGGUGAUCCCCGGCGAUAAACUGAUGCGCCUGCCCUCCUACACACCCCAGGACGAGCGGGAGCUGAUCCGGUCCCUCUCGUCCGCCAUCGAGGGGGAGGGCAUAGUGAUGGCCGCCGAGGAGUACCUACAACCCAAGUAUGGCGGCGUCCUUGGUGUUAGCGGCAACACCACCACCACCACCUCUUCCACCUCCACCUCGGACCCCACCACGCCCGUCAAGAAGACCCCCGGAGGUUACAACAUGGCUGCCGGCGCGGAGUACAUCUCCGGAAGGGCAGAGUCGCCACAGAACCGCCACAACCUGCAGAGAGAGAGGAAGUACGCCCAUCUUGAGGGUGGGGCCAUGGGGUCUCCAGGGAAGAGGCCGCGCGGGGACUCCCUCACCUCGCGCUACUGCUCCGACCCACUCAAGAUGCUAGGUAAAGAUGUAGGCGAGGACGACUGUUUCACUGGGCAAGGCUCACCGCCCUCAGCCCCCGGGUAUGGCUGGGUGGGAGACCUGCGGCUGGACCUGCCUGUGGACGAGGACGACUACCUCAUGCCCUCACCGCAGCCCUCGGGCCUGGCCACCGUGGGACCGUCACACCAACACUACAUGGACCUCAUGGCUGACGCUCCAGAUGGUCGGCGAGGCGAGCCAGGCCGGGGUGGCCCCAAGGGGCCAAACAACAAUGGGAUGGUGGGGCAGCAGUGGGUGGGCAUGGACAACCCUGAGUACCACAUGAUGAAUGCCCGCGCCCAGAUGUAUGCCGGCCGCCGCCUCCAUCCGCAGCAGAUGGUAGGCGUUCCUGUGCUGGACGGUGCCAGCAGGUUUGGCGCCUAUGGCAACGGCCUCCCCCAACAGGGCCAGCACCUGGGCCCAGGCCAGCGCCUCCCUUCACCCACACAGGAGAUGCCUCACGAAUACUACAAUGAACUCUCGUCACAUGCCCCGCACAAUAACCUGAACUCCCGCAGUGAGACAACCGUGUGAGGCCCCCCAAGCCUUGUGUUCACACGUCCGUGUGAUGCUGACUUAUGUGCUGGAGACAGUGACUCGGAAUGGGCGUUAGACUGCAUUUUUCAUAAUGCAGAACCGAGUGUUGAAAACAGUAAUGCAGUGAAAAGGGUUCUGUGGGGAUAAGAGUGCCUGGAGAGACCAGUGUCAGUGUGUAGCACCGAGGGACAGUGAUGGCCUUGGGGCUUCUGACACAGUGAGAAGCAAAGAGUGUCCACUGCAGAAGGAACACUUUGUUUUACAAUUACUCAUGUGAUAUACAAGGAUGCCAAUAUAAAGAAAGGUGGGUAGUGGACAAGACAGGUGUAAAAGCCUGCCCCUCCCCACCACUCCUGGACUACCUGGUGACCUUGACUCACUCACGGGCUGGACUGGCCGCGCCCCGCCGCCGCCAGUCCCGCCACACGAGCUCAGCGAAGCUCCACUUUUACUGUGAUUUUAAAUUUAGUUUUAUAACUCUCCCUUUGGACCAAUAAUGCAAAUCUGCACUAUCAGUAAUGUAAAGUAAGCUCUUUGCUAAUGUUUAACGUAAUGCUUGUUUUCCCUGACGGUAACGUUGUGUUGUGUGUCGCCUUCCCUCACCUUCACCUUCUGCUUCCAGAGCCUUGCAGAUCUGAGCUUCACUACCUCUCUCAGGAGUCAGCUUCCCCUGUACCAAAUGCUAACAUUUUGACUGUUCUGCACAAACUUUCUCAUCUUCAACACAAACAAAUAGGCAUUUCAUAACUCUUUAGGGAUGGUAUAAACAUAUUACAUAUUCUGGUACCUAUUUACUUCACAUUUUUAUCAGCAUGUUCGACUUGCUCUUUUAUUGAGGAAUUAAAAACCAAAAGGGAAAGUUUACUAUGCCAUAAAAGUCUUUGAUGUCUUGAUUGCAGUGUCUGUGAAGUGUUGAGGCAACCAAAAUUUUAACACUGUUGAAAGUGGCCGGGUCAGAGGGCAGCCCCAGCUUCCCUCGCCCGGCCACGCAAUUCCAGUUCACCACAUUGUCUUUUUCCAGAACUGAAGUGGACCAAAAAGGGAAAUUGGUGUGGGUUCAUUUUGUACAAACCAUAAUUUAGAUUUUAUCUUGACAGAAAACAUUUUAAAAAUGUAUAUCACUGCUUGAAAUUAUAGGUCAGUUCUUGAAUCUGUUGCCAAGAUUAUGUUCAGCUGUCACAAGUGUGUGUGUGUGUGUGUGUGUGUGUGUGCCACUGUAGUGGUGCCAAAGUGUGCCAGCUGUGUGGUGUUCAAGACAGUAGUGUUCAAAGUGCCAAAAGUGUUGCGUCACAGCUGCCACCUGUGAGGCGGCCGGCCACCGCUGUGAAGGGCUGCUCCCACACCCGUCACUUCCUUCACCUUAAUGUUACAAGGAGGAACAUUGCCUGUGAAUAUUUGCCAUAUUAUGAAGCCUAUAACAUUACUCAAAAGAGCUGACAGAAUUCAAAGUACCUCAAAAAAAUUAUUAGGCCAACUAGGCUUAUGCCUAGGCCAAAAUUGCCAUAAAAUUUGGAGUUAUCAAUGAUUAUAUUUAGUACUUUCAGAUAUUCAAACAUGUUAUUCUUGAACCUUUACAAAACAUAAAUGUCUCAGCCUCUCCCAACACACCUUGAGCAUUAAAUACACCCCCUGAGGAGCCUUCCAUCCCUUGUCAGAGCACUAGUGUGUGGCUGCUUAGGUCUGCCACUUUGGUGCUGCAAAGUACAAAUCCUAUCUUUCCCGCCCAUCCCAGUGCUUGUGGCUGCCGACCUCAACUUCCACAGAGGCACAAGAGAUACACUUGUGGUGCCUGGCCUGUUAGUGGCUGGGUCACUGUAAAGCAUUAUGUCUGGAGCCUUGUUGUGUGGCAGACUCCAAGAAGCAUCAAACCAUGUGUCAGGGUUCUUUGGUAAUGAAGAGACAUCAGCUUAUCUAUGCUGCAGGGCAUCAGGAGAGGGCUUCUCUUCCAAGCCCUUGCAGGCUAUAAGACCCACCAACUAGUGGGCAGUGCAUGCAAUGGUUUCUUAGUCAAUGCACAAAGUUAUGCUGCUGCAGCUGUCACCAUGCUUGUCCUUACAUCAUCAGCUUGAACCACAUAUGCAGGCAGAGAAAGUCUCCUUUUGACCCAACACCGCUAGGCUAAGUGAGUCCUGUUGUGUCAGGCGAGUGUUCAGUGUGCUGUACAGUGUUCUGUUUGAGUAUAUACAUAGUAGUGUUAAUGACGUGCAGGGCAUGGGCAGUAAUGCUCGGCUGUGAUGGUCGCCUUCAAUCAGUCUUUUGCUGUUGAUAAAAAUUAUGCUUUGUUUAUACAUGUAAAGAUUGUUUAUUAUGCUCCAUGCUUAAUUUUUAUCUUUCGCCAUGAAAUAUAAAGGAUUUCUAUAUUGAUAUUUAAUGCCACUCUAUGUAACUUUGUGCUCAUUAUAUUUUAGUAAUUAAAUUGUUGCAGCAGAAGAUAAAUUGAAAGUCACCCACAUUGUCCCCUGGUAGUAAAUAACCCCCCACUAACCCGCUGAGUGCCGUGGCAGCCACACUAACGCCCCGCCCUGCACGUCCCUGUACAAUAUUGUAUGAUACGACUCGUUGGCCAAACACAGAAGUCUCAAAAAGUGGUGACCCUUUACACAAAUACCAACUUUUUGAGUCCCCUGUGACCUUAAACUUCUCCUUUUUCAUCAGGGAUCUGUACAGACUUUCCGACGUAGGCUGGCUUGCCCCGCCAGGCAGCGAGAGUCACAAAGCAAUGCAUCAAGUCAAGGCCCAUGAACACACAGGCCUUGGAGCCGACUCAGAUUUUGGAGCGCCUAUCAUGUCAUCACACAAGGAAAAUAUAGUGUAGCUUUCUAUGAAUAUAUUGACGGAUAGGGACCAGUAAUUAUGCAUUUUCACCGUUAUCUGCGCCUGGUAAUGACAUGUAAUACUGUUUUCUGAUAGUAUCCCAAUGAAGUUUUAUCUUGAGGGGGGAAUAAGAUUUAUUUGAAGGGGAGAAUUAUUUGUAUCUUUAUGGGAUUUUGUUUAAUAUUUUUGGAGGGAAGGAAGGAAUUUUCAUUGAGUAGGAGAAUAAUUUUGGGGUUGGGAUUUUUUUUUUUUUGGGGGGGGGGGGGGGGAGUAGCGGGUGAAUCCAUCGUGUGAUGUCCAUGUGAGGCCGAGAUCUGAGCCGUCAAGAGGACCUGCCGUCAUAGCCUUGCAUCGUGUUCACGCAUACACUGUUCUCCGUUGGUGUAUAUCGCUCCCCAUGAAACAUAUGUAGUCUCUAAGGUUCUGUCAUGCCUCUAGGAUCGAGGAAUGUCUCGUAAAGGUGGACCAGUCGGGUGUAAAUCUGUAUUGUAGAUAACUUUAUAAUUUUAUUGCCUAGUUUUAUUAUUCUCAUGGAACAAGUGAGUCCACCUUCUUGUGUCGGCCUUCCAGUGUGUGUCUUGUGUUUCGUCAAUCGUUGUACAUAAAUAGUUGCUGUAAAUGGACUAUCGCGAGUGUAGGCGACUGAUCAUUCCUCAAGUCAUAGGUGAAGCCCGUGUUUGUACUUAACGGAGGCAUGUACUUAAGGACACUCUGAUCCUGUGCUUGGUAGAGUGUGUGUGUAGGCGGCGCGAGGCGAGAGGACGUGUACCUUAUCACAAAGUUACAAUAAAAAGCUAUAUAUUG